AUGAUACUGGCAACGCACAAAUGCGGAUGUCCUCCUCCUCCCAUGAAACCACCUUGCUCACCCUGUUGCGCUCCACUAAACAAUCUCUCCAGCAAAACACGUGAAAAAUGUCCAACAAGCGCAUGUUGCAGCAAACCUCCACCAAAACCAGUAAAACGAAAGCUCUCAGAUCCUCCUCCGUGUUGCCCCACGUUGCCGGUGAAAGAAGAAUUCGAGAGGCCUCAGCUGAUUCGUUCGGAGAUCGAGGAGAGAGGCCUGCCUUACAAGGAGAUUGAAGCUGUGAUCAACAACAACAGAUUGGUGAUCAGGACUCAGAAGGAAUCUCCGAAGCCCGAGUACGACCCUCCGUGUGAUUGCAUGGAAGAUCCUUCUCUUCCUUCGGUUCAGAAGGAAGAGAUUUGCGAAGAAAGUGAUCGGACACUGGCUCCAGGGAAUCGAGUUGUCACUCUGUUUCCGCGUAUUAAGGAUUUGAACAACGGUGCUGAGCAGAGUAACCGUAAUAAUUUGGAGACGGGUAGCGGAGGUAGAACGAUCGAUUUGGAGGAGAAUCCUAAUAUAUUCUUGUUCAGGGUGAAGAAGAAGUGUGCCGAUGGGGAUAAGAAGUUUAAUAUUGAUUUGGAGUUUAAGACAGCUCGGCCGUGGUCGGCGAAGAAAAGGAUGGAGCAUGAAGAAAUUAGGAAAUCGACUAUUCGAGUGGAUGUUUCUGAGGAGAAGGAGGAGAGGAGUGAGAAGAAACAAUCUCGUGUGGGUAAGAGGAGGAAGAAGAAGUAG